GGAGUGACGUAACGUGAACGUGAAUACUCCUAGUCUGUGUUUGUCCGGAGAGCUCGAGACAGUUUCCAUCAUCAGCGGCAGCAGCAGCGGCAGGGACAAAGUGAGCUGCGGCCUCAGACCUCCACCUGACGUCUUUAACCCCCGUACACCUGAGGAACAAUGUCUUCUGUCUACCUUCUCCUCCUGCUGCUCCCUCUGGUGUCAGCACAGACCUAUCACUGGGGCCCCUGUCCUACUCCUAAGGUGCAGCCCAACUUCAACCUUCAACAGUAUCUGGGCAGGUGGUAUGAGAUCGAGAAGCUCCCUGCUUCCUUCGAGAGAGGAAAGUGCAUCGAAGCCAACUACGCCAUAAGGAAAGAUGGUACCAUUCAGGUGCUGAACACUCAGUUCUAUAAAGACAAGGUGAGGCUAGCAGAAGGGACAGCAGUGGUUCAAGACCUGAGAGAACCUGCCAAACUUGGAGUCGGCUUCUCGUAUUUUGCUCCCUACAGCCCCUACUGGGUUCUGACCACCGACUACACCAGCCUGUCCGUCGUGUACUCUUGCACGGACAUCCUCCGCCUGUUCCACAUCGACUACGCCUGGAUCCUCAGCCGGUCACGCUUCCCGCCUUCAGACACCGUGCGCUACGCCAAACAGCUGCUGAUCAACGAAGGAAUCGACCUGUUCAGGAUGAAGGCCACAGAUCAGAUGGGCUGCAAGGAUAACUAGGGAUUCAUGGAGACUUCCAGUCAUUGCACUGUAACCAAUCACAACACUUACAUGAGGCAAACAUACUGGACUCCAAAUAUUAAUAUUAAAAUAAAUUUUCACUGCUAAUUCCAAGGUACAGAAGGAUUCAGUUUUGAUCAAUUCUCGAGCAUCAGUAUCUUAAAUUUUAAUGGAACCAAACUCAUCAAAUCCCAUAUAUCUGCAUCUCACUGGUUGCACUGAUGCUGGUUAAGAUCAGAAUAAAUUAUGUGAAGAAAAAAAAUCUAGCUUAAUACAAUUUACAUUUAAAUAAAAUGAUUCAUAUUUCAUAAUUUCAUUAAAAAGUUAGCUUGUGGAAUGGAACUCAUUUUGUAAUUCAAGCAAUUUUAUUGUACCUUUGUAUUGCAAUUAUUUUCAUGUUGUAACUUCUCCUCAUUUCCCUGACAGAAACUUGUUAAAUCUGCUAUGUUACAGAUAUGAAAACAUCUUAAUAUAUUUUUAUAUUUUAAGUCUGUUGUAACUGCUCAGUACUUUAAAGAUGAAGGAAAUGGAAUUUGUAAAACUUACAUCAACACCAAUGCUCACUGAAGUUACUCAUUGUGAAUAUAUUGUAUUUUAAUAUUCUAGUAGCACAUGUUACAUUAUGUAAAAUAAUAUUACAUAAGUUUGAAACAUAUUCGUGGUGGUGGGGGGAAAAAAACAUGGGGGUGAGUUAUGUUUAUUAAAGCUGUAUUCAUUAAGCA